CUCGGUUUCGCGGCGGGCCCCGCCUCACGUGACAGGCGGCGGGGGCUGGCCGGGUUGCGGGACGGCUGGGGACCCCCCCCAGACCCCCGCCCCGGGAUUUGGGGGCCCCUCCGACCCACCCCCCAAACAUGGAGGAGGUGGACAAAAUCCUGAUCCACUCCCUGCGGCAGGCGGGGACGCCGGUGCCCCCCGAGGUGCAGAGUGUGCGGGACCUCUCCCCGGAGCUGGUGGUGGAGGCGGCCGUGCGCUGCCUGCGGGCUGUGCGCCCGGCGUUGGGGGUCCCCCUCAGCCCCCUCCUGCCCCCCGGCAUCUCUGCCCGCUUCCGACUCGCUUCCGACCUCGCCGCUGCGUGCCAGGAGCUGGGAUUUGGGGGAGAUGUGGGGUACCAGACCUUCCUCUAUAGCUCCGAGCACGACACUCGCCGCCUGCUCCUCUUCCUCGUAGAAAAGCUGCCACGGGACGACAGCGAGAGAGGGGCUGAACCCCCCGGGAAAUCGGGGGUCUUACUACGAGCCAUUGGAGCCCGCAUCCAGGAGCAGCUGGGGACCCCCUGGGUGCCCCCCGUUUGCCGCACACCCCAGCUGCAGCGCCUGCAGGGCACUGGUCGCCUUCACCCCUUCGCUACCUGCCCGCUGGUUCUACCCCAAAGUGGGGGACCCCCAGAGCUGCAGGAGUAUUUUGGGGGUGCUGCCCCCCCUGUGCCAGCGCAGCCCCCCGUUUCCACCAAGACCCCCCCAGCCUUGCUGGAGACCCAUGCCGCCCAGCUCAGCACCCGCCAUGACUGGGAAGCUGAGUGGGGGGGGCCUGGCCUGGCCUCCCGCCUGCCCCCCCAGGAAUAUUUGGGGCGGAAGCGACUCCGUGCUCGGCUCCGGGCCCUGGAGCCCCUGCGCCAGGUCUGCCCCCCCCACCUCCAGGGACCCCCCCUGGACCCUGCUUGGCUCCAAGAGGCUUUUGGGGCGGGGGGGGCCGGGGGGGCCCUGCCUAAGGGGUCCCGCUUCACCCGUGCCCAGCACCUGACCCACAAGCAGGACCCCCAGAUUGUGCUGCAGCAGAUCCAGGUGGCUGCCGAGACCCUGCACCCCUCAAAGAGCUCUGAGGAAGGUGCAGGGGCA